GGUUUUGUCAUAAAGAGGGAGUGGGAGAGGGAUUGUGGAGAGGACAGCAGACGAAAUGGAGUUUGAGCGAGGAAUCUUCACACGCUUCGUUCUAAUCGUUCUUUUCUCCGCCUGUGGCUAUUGUUCGGACUGUAUGUGGGACAAGGACAAGGACUUCCCUCGAUACCCGCCGCUCAUCCUCGAUUCCAGUUUCCAGUUUGUGUUGCCGGUGGAGGAGAAUGGCAACAGGGUGGUCAGGUUGGCGCUGGGGGAGAUAGUAACUCUGGCAUGUCCAGGCGACGAGCUAGAAAACUUACAUCUAGUGGAGGCGAAAGCUCGUUGCCUCGAGGACGGCCUCUUGAUGAUCGAAGACUCAGUGUGGGAUAUGGCGAGCUUAGGCUGUGGCGAUGACGUGAAGGAGAUGAUCCUCCGCGACCAGGGGGCAUGCGGCGCUGGGGACAUCGGGGUACUGCACGAGAUUGGCUUCGAGGUAUUAAGCGCAGAGAGAUUCAAGAAGGUUCUCCGCGUCUGCUUCGAUCCCACCUCCGAGACCACUCUGUACACGGAGCACCUCAUCCACGGCGCCAGCAUCGCCGCCAAGGACAUCGACUCCUCCAGGCCGUCUUUCAAAACUUCCACGGGUUUCUUCAGCGUGUCCAUGAGCAGCGUGUACUCCCAGAACUCACAACUGGAACUCAUGAUAAAGCUUCUUGGUGACGAGGACCUCGCUCACCAGAUCAUCGACACACACAAGCAGCUUUACUUUGCUAAGGGCCACAUGUCCCCAGAUGCCGACUUCGUAAUAAUGGCCAACCAGGACGCCACUUACUACUACAUCAACGCCGUACCGCAGUGGCAGGCCUUCAACAAUGGAAACUGGAAAUACUUGGAGUUCGCGACGCGGGACCUGGCUGAGAAGAAGAGGCGUGAUCUUCGGGUGUACAGCGGCGGGUGGGGUGUGCUGGAGCUGGAUGACAUCAAUGGUAAUCCCGUGGAGGUCUUCCUCGGACUGGCACAAGAGAAGAAAGUGGUGCCCGCGCCUGCAGUCACUUGGAAGGUGGUGCACGAUGAAGUCACCAACUGCGCCGCCGCCAUCGUGGGCGUCAACAACCCGCACCUCACCUCGGCGCCCUCCACGCUUUGCGAGGACCUGUGCUCCUCACUCCAGUGGAUCGACUUUGACGUGGCUGACCUGGAGCACGGCUACACUUACUGCUGCUCUGUGGCUGACCUGCGAGCCGCCGUCCCCCACGUGCCUGACCUCGGGGAAGUGUGUCUGCUCACCGAAUAAACGAAAUAAUGGAACUUACUGCAUGGCUACACCCCUCAUACCACGUACCGAAUGGGAUCAGGAAAAGCGCACUGGAAUGGCUGGAAUGAAGUCUCAUAAAGUAACAUAAGCCAAUCAUAAAUCACAGAAGUUGUCUGACACCAGAGAAGUGCAUAGGAUUAUAUUUGGUACUCUUUCUAAAGUUGUAGAAGUGUCUCCUAACCUGACAUCCUGCAAAUGAUCUACCUGUGCAAACUCUGGUAAAGCUGCAAGAAGACAGUGACAUUAAGAAGAUAAGUUUACUCUGCUCUCUGUACUAUUUGGUGACUAAUCGCACGUAGUACUUAAGUGAAUAUCAUGAGUAUUUGAGUGACCCAUAAAGUUACUCCGUUUUCUACAACUCAUUUUAUUUUACCAUCAGGUCGCUGUUUCGGACGAGCCUUCUCCAUUAAUUUAGUGUAUCUUCUACUUCGUCGUGAGAUAGCAGCACCAGCUCAACUUAACCUUCCUUUCGAUCUUUGUUGGGAUCAACUUUUCGAAGUCAGAGUGAAGCCUUGAACUCCCGAGAGGAAAGAGAUAUUAUUUGUAGCCAGUUCAAAUGAUUACUUUCUUAUUUUGUGUCUUCUUCUUUUCUUCUUCUUCUUCUUCUUCUUCUUCUUCUUCUUCUUCUUCUUCUUCUUCUUCUUCUAUUAUGAGAAAUACUGUUGGGUGAGAGGAAUUAAUAAAAUACGUUAGUUACUAGAGUGUCCUCAAGCUUCAGUGGCAUCUCGAUUCUGUACAACAUGAAACUUCCGAGCCCCGAGGCACACAUCAGUGAGUGUCCUUGAGUGAAAGUGAGUGGGUGGCGGACGUGACAUGAGGAACAUUUCAGGAAUGCGAACGUGUGCUGUGUAUAGACUAUCAGAGAAUGGCAGUGGUAGCUUUAACGAAGACUGGUGGCGCAGUGAUUUAAGGUGAGACACUCAGCCAUCCCUUUACUGAGACAAGAGAUCUGUGUUCUGAAAUGUUUGCGUAUUCAUAAGAACAUCUUUAAAGGAAACAGUUUGUGGGAUUAUUGUAGUGUCUUUUAUUUGUAUUAUUCUUAUUAUUUCUUAAUAUUUCAACACGUGAAUUCCGAACAUGUCCGGGAAAAUCCUGACAUUUGGCACCCUGUUAUCAGAGAGCAAUGACUCUGAAAUCGAUUUUUUAAGGUCCGGAUCUUGCAAAAAAAGUUGAUAAAAAUCCACCAAAUUUGCAGAGUUUUAGACAUGAAAUAUAGAACAAUAUUGACAUCAAAAGUUUACAUCAGUCAACAAAUUGCAAUAUUUUUGACAUACGCAGAAUGCUUUUCUUUUAAGUAAGAAACAUAUUUACAUUAUAAGACAAAACAUUAUGAGUUUGAAAAAAUGUCACCAUUCUAUAAAAAUCGCCUUCCAGGACGAUGAAAUGUUAUGAUUAUGAAAUAGACAACUUUGUUCCUUGUGAGUGCGGGCGCGCUGCGUGUGGGAGGAGAGCGGCUCGGUGAGGACUGUGGGGCGUCAGGGAGUCUCCUCAUUCACAAACCGGUGGAGGAGAGAGUGGUGCGCCUUCUUACAAUUGUUUUUCAUUCACUCGAUGGUGUUUCGGAGGUUCCUCAAUCGACUGAAAAAUGCCUGUAGAGUGAACUGCGGUCCGUGCUGCUCAUGCUCGUGCUCGCUGAAUUGCUCCUACUCAGGCUCGUUUGGCAUCGUUCCCUGCCUGAACCCCCGCAAACCACCUGCCAGGAGCAUUUCCAGCAACCUCCUUUGCCCCAAAACCACCAGUGUUACACCCAAGCGCAUUGUUGUGUACGUUGGCGUCAUCACAGGGGUGGUGGUUGUAAUCCUGGUGGUGCAGCUCUUCACGUACCACAUCGUUAUUACCAGCAGCGAGGCUUGACUGGCGGUGUCCGUGUCCUGUCUAAACUCACCUUGCUUGCCUCCUGUUCUUCGUGUGGGUUUUUUCCUUAUGAGCCGCGGUGCUAUGUUGCUGUGCGAGGGUAGAAACAAAGCUUGGUAUCAUGUUGUGCUGAGCCGACCGCGCCACUCACGCUCAACAGAGCAUCACUGAUCUCCAUAAGGACUUCACGAUGUCCUCCAGGAGUCGGGCACCCGAAGAUCGAACAUAAGGAAUUGAUACAGAUAAUUACUCUUAUCUUUUAUUACUUUCUACUU